ACACACAAUGUCAGAUGUCAGGCAAAAUAAAUACUAUCAUGACAGAAAACGUACCCGAGAUCGCAUUGAAGCCAUUCGCACGUAGCUUCUGAAAGACAUCCAACCAUAACUCAGGCACAGGGAGUCUUUGAUAGUGGAACUCGCCAGAGAAAACAAACAGUCUCUCCCCUUUGACGGAAAGACUGUAUUUAUCCCAAGUCACGUCGGUCGUCUUGCCAUUGUCAGUCCCUGACACUGACGCCAGGAUCUCCAGCAGGGUCAAACAGAGGAAGCCGAGAAUCCGCAUGUUUGUCUCCUCGUUCCACCAAAAUCCUGUAACUCUGGCCGCAUUUCGAUCGACAUUCUCAUGGCGCUAUUUCAAUAAAAAGCUCCUUGUUUGGACGAUACUGCUUCCCCUCGGUUCUCGCGGGAGAAAUACCCCAGUGAUGCCUAGGGAUUGGUGGAUGAUUUCUCUUGAGAAUGGCUGCGUUGAUUCUUCGUCUGCCAAGACUGGUAAUAUAUUUUUGGGCGCACGAUUGGAUGGUGGAUGGUUGUUGAUUCUCAGACUCCGAUGUGGGGGAGGGGGAAACGAAAUGGCCCCGGUAGUUUCGCAUGGCCUAGUCAUUCAUAUUUGCACAAUAAAGCAUCAUUACAAUCCACAGUGUUCAUGGACACAUGGUAAAUUAAGGUACCCUGGGAUGCAUAUAUCAAGCAAUAGAUUCUAGAUAGUACGAUGUUUCUAGAUCUACAUUAUGACAGCCAUGUUCAUUGACUACCACACUAAAAGAAAGACUAAAAGUAAAGAAUCAAUGUACUAAUUAAGUUGCUAGGCCA